AUGGCUGCAGUCACCACCUCAUCGCCCCCAACAGCAGCGUCGCCCACUUCCAACUACCAGGACUCGAGACAAAGCGACGACGCACCUCGAAGCCCCAUCCGUGUCCCAAAUCUCAACCUCGCCAACGGCCCGCAACUGCGCCAGGCCCCUGUCUCCCCCGUUCGUGUUAAUUUUCAAGACGAGAACUGGGCACAGCCCUCGAACGCCGACAUCGAACAUGCCCAGCGACAGGCCUCGCAACUAGAACUGGCCGACCGCACCCGCCAUCCCCUCCCCUCGCCCCCAGAUGCCGCUCCUCCACCUCCGCCACAUGGCUUCAGUACCGAUCCCAAUGCCGCGUCAAACUUGUCUCCCACUUAUACGGCGAGCCAUGAGCGUUACGAGCAUAACAAGAUAAGUCCUACGGACAGAGUGCGCAACCAAGACCAGUUCCGCAACAGCCGCGAGUCGGACGAAACAGCAAGCACAAACCCGCAGCAAACUUCGAUCGAGUCAUCUGCAACAACGAGUGCAAGUUCCCUGUCAGGCAUCAACGAGAAUGCCGAAGCCCGAACAAUAGGUGACUCUCCCGAGAGCUCCAUCAUUGAAGGAAAUCUGCCUGGGAACCAGUCUGUCCCCCAGUUUCAGUACCACCACCAGAAGGAUUUCCCACCGCGUGUGUCGAGCGUUCCCAAUGAGGACUCGAGGAGCUAUUCCACCCCCGAUCUGGCCGAGAGUGCUUCCACUCUUGGACGUCACUUAACACCGAGUUCGAGUAACCUGAGGAGGACUUCGAUGCCUCGACCGCAAUCAUCCUACUCCAUCUACUCGGACGGUCGCGGGCGCUCCCCUGGUUUGAUGCCGGGUGGCUCGCAGGCACGUAAAUCCCCCGAUGUAAGGCUGUCAACGUAUGCAGAGCUGCUCAAUGCUCCAUAUCCCCAGCAAGGCCCGGCGCCCCUGACUCCCGACAACUCGAACCUCCGAACAGUCAUUGGCAACAAUGCCUCUCUCCUGAGCACCCAAAAGACUCUAGACAUGUACCGUGCCAAUGUCAAGAAGACUAAUGAUCUGUCGAUCCAAUACUCGUUUGCUGUCUUCCUGAUCUCCACCGCUCAGGAGCAAGGCCUGGAUGUCUCGGACCCUAAGAUGCGAAAGAACAGCCCGAAACCGCAAAAGGGACACGAUAGCCCGACUGUCGAGGGCUCUGUCUCGACCCCUUAUGAGCUGGUUCGCGAAGCCCGGCAAAUCCUCCAGCGCUUGUCCAGCGCUGGUUAUCCUUUUGCUCAGUACUAUCUGGCUGACGGCUAUGCAUCUGGACUCUUCAACAAGGGCAAGGAGGAUUACAACUCGGCUUUCCCUCUCUUCGUCCUGGCUGCGAAGCACGGCCAUGCCGAAUCUGGAUAUCGAACAGCGCUAUGUUACGAAUUUGGCUGGGGCUGCCGCAAAGAUCCAGCCAAGGCUGUGCAGUUCUUACGCUCAGCGGCUUCGAAGCGUCACCCCGGUGCCAUGACACGGCUUGGAAAAGCCUGUCUUUCCGGUGACCUCGGAGAGAAGAGAUAUCGAGAGGGUAUCAAGUGGAUGAAGCUUGCCAGCGAGGCUGCGGACAUGCAGUACAAUUCGGCCCCCUACCAACUCGGUUGCUUGUACGAGAACGGCUAUGGUGCAGAUAUCUUUAAGGACGAUAACCACGCUGCGGAGCUCUUUACCCAAGCUGCUGAUUUAGGGCAUCCCGAGGCGAACUACCGUCUCGGUGAUGCCUAUGAGCACGGUUUGCUCAACUGUCCUCGCGAUCCUGCACUCAGUGUUCACUUUUACACUGGCGCGGCUGAGCGGGGACAUGCUGGUGCUAUGAUGGGAUUGUGCGCCUGGUAUAUGGUUGGCGCUCCUCCAAUUUUGGAGAAGGAUGAGGAGGAGGCCUACGAGUGGGCGCGUCGAUCCGCGGAUUUGGGUUUCGUCAAGGCUCAAUAUGCUGUUGGAUACUUUACCGAGAUGGGCAUUGGAUGUCGACGGGACGCCCUGGAAGCCAACGUUUGGUACGUCAAGGCUGCUGAUGCCGGAGACGAGCGAGCCAGACAGCGACUGGCGAUUAUCCAGGCAGCUGUAAGCGGCCAGGGAACCCCAAUGGAGGUUGCUCCGCCACGGAAUGGCAAGAUACAGAAAAACAACAAGGACGACAAGGACUGCGUGGUGAUGUAA